CUUUUGAGGGGGAGGGGGAUUUAAACAAACAUGCCUGCACAACAGACCAACCGCCACUAAAAUUCACCCUGAGGGAUUCCCAACCCUGGAACAUAUCCUGUGCUGGUUUUUUUGCUGGAGGAAGACGGUGUUUUGCGGGGUAAACCGUUCAGCGCGCACUAUUUGUUGCUCGGCGGAGAUAUACUCGACGCAGCCGGGACUCGGUUUGAGCGGAGCUGAAUGGAGCCUCUUCCUGGUGGAUAAACAGUGACAGCUACAGGGCAGCCACCUAGACCCAGCACACAGGCUCUGGCGCUGCCCUGGCAAACAACACCAAAAUGGCUUCAGACAGUACACACAUCGCGCAGUUGACUUCUGAACUGUACUUCCUAAUAGCCCGAUUUCUAGAAGCUGGACCGUGUCAAAAAGCAGCCGAGACCCUGAUAAGGGAGGUGGAGGAGAAGGAGCUGCUACCCAUAAGGCUGGACUGGACAGGGCAGGAGCACCCCGGGACGUACAGAAAUUUGGUGAAGCUAUACCGGCACAUCAGUCCCGAACACCUGCUGCAGGUCUGCUCCAGAGUGUGUCCUCUCCUGGAGACCGAGGUCCCCGCCAGCGUGCCGGGACUCACCAGCCUGCUGGGGGCCGGCCGGCAGAAUCUCCUCCGCACCAGCAAGAGCUGCAAGCAUGUUGUGUGGAAGGGCUCUGCGCUGGCUGCUCUGCACUGUGGAAGACCACCGGAGCCACCUAUUAUCUAUGGGAGCCCACCUAAUAUUGUGGAGACAAACUUCGGCCGUCGACUGAACGGCUCCUACAGACUUAAGCAGCUAGUGCCCACGGUGGUGUACCUGCACAUGAAGAUGCACAAGAGGAUUCUGGGACAUCUUUCGUCCGUUUACUGCGUCACCUUCGACAGGACCGGACGACGCAUCUUCACGGGCUCAGACGACUGCCUGGUGAAGAUCUGGGGAACAGAUGACGGGCGUCUGCUGGCCACGCUGCGCGGACACGCCGCUGAGAUCUCAGACAUGGCCGUGAGCUACGAGAACACCAUGAUCGCUGCCGGGUCAUGUGACAAGACCAUCAGGGUGUGGUGCUUACAGACCUGCGCCCCUCUAGCCGUCCUGGAGGGACAUGCAGCCUCCAUCACCUCUCUGCAGUUUUCCCCUCUCUGCUGCGGCUCAAAGCGCUACCUCUCCUCCACUGGAGCUGACGGCACCAUCUGCUUCUGGCAGUGGGAUGCACGCACGCUGAAGUUUUGUCAGAGGCCCAGUAAAUUCACGGAGCGUUCCAGGCCUGGCGUCCAGAUGAUCUGCUCCUCAUUCAGUGCAGGUGGUAUGUUCCUGGCCACAGGAAGCACGGAUCACAUCAUCAGAGUGUACUACUUUGGCUUAGGCCAACCAGAGAAGAUCUCUGAACUUGAGUCCCAUACUGACAAAGUCGACAGCAUCCAGUUCUCACAUUGCAGUGACAGGUUUGUGAGCGGCAGCAGGGACGGUACAGCGCGGAUCUGGCAGCUGCAGCCUCAGGGGUGGAGGAGCAUUCUGCUGGACAUGCAGACCAAAUUACCCGGGAAGUACAACCCUCCUCCGCUGGAAGACAAAGUGACCAAGCUGAAGGUUACCAUGGUAGCAUGGGAUCGCCAUGACGGCACCGUGAUCACAGCAGCUAACAACCUGACACUGAAGGUGUGGAACUCCACCACCGGGAACCUCGUGCACGUACUCAUGGGUCAUGAGGAUGAGGUGUUUGUCCUGGAGCCACACCCCUUUGAUCCCAGGAUCCUGUUCUCAGCGGGGCAUGAUGGGAACUGCAUUGUGUGGGACCUGGCCAGAGGAGUGAAGAUCCGCUCUUAUUUCAACAUGAUCGAGGGCCAAGGGCACGGAGCGCUGUUUGACUGCAAAUGUAGUCCAGAUGGGCAACAUUUUGCAGCCACAGACUCCCAUGGACACCUGCUCAUCUUUGGCUUCGGCUCCAGUAGCAGAUAUGACAAGAUUGCCGACCAGAUGUUCUUCCACACCGACUACCGGCCGCUGAUCAGAGACGCCAACAAUUACGUGCUGGACGAGCAGACCCAGCAGGCGCCCCACCUCAUGCCCCCUCCCUUCCUGGUGGAUGUGGACGGAAACCCCCACCCCCCCAGAUACCAGCGGCUGGUACCCGGCAGGGAGGGCUGCAGGAGCGAGCAGCUCAUCCCGCAGAUGGGGGUCACUUCCUCAGGCCUGAACCAAGUGGUGAGUGAGCAGGCGGCGGAAGGGCCCAGUCCUCUGGAUUCCAUGAUUCAGAGGCUGCAGCAGGAGCAGGACCAGAGACUGGGAGGCAAUGACACCAGGUCCAACAGAGGAUCCGUGGGUUCUCCCACAGAGGUGCACUCCCCGCCCAACGUGGGUCUGCGGCGCAGCGGGCAGAUCGAGGGCGUGCGCCAGAUGCACAGCAACGCCCCGCGCAGCCAGAUGGCCACAGAGGGAGACCUGGUGGCCUGGAGCCGCAGGGUGCUGGUGCCUGAGCUGGAGAACGCCUCCGUCAGGAGACAGAUUACCUGGCGUGAGGCUAAAGGAGAGGAGGAGAUCAAUAUUUAUCAGUCAGAAAGGAGGAGACGCACCAUCCACUCCCUCCCUAAGGAGAGCAGGGUUAAUCCGACAUCAGAGUCAGUGGAUGAGGGAAGGAAGAGCCAGGGUAACCACGGAUACCACACGCGCGCCGCUAUGGAGGAGACCAGCCGACAGAGCGCAGAGGCUGCUGAUGACGAUGACAGCGCCUCAGAGGGAGAGCUGGAUGUUCGUCAAAUCAAUGGGCAUUCCUCCGAUGAGGAGAAGGAGGAGCAGCAAAAAGAGCCCUGGCCGGAAGACCACAGUAGUUCAAGUGACUACUCCAGUGAUUACUCCGAUUGGACAGCCGACGCAGGGAUCAACCUUGAGCCGCCUAAGAAGAGUGUGAGAGUGAAAAAGAAAAGCAGCAGCUCAGAGGAAGACGGAGAGAAGAAGAGGGACGGGAAGAAGGAUAGAAAGAAGGACAAGGUCGACAAAGACGACGCAGUACCAAAGAAGAAGCAGCCAAAGGAGAAGAGGAAGAGGUCAGAUCUCCAGGAGCAAGGGCUAACUCUGGAGGAGUGGCUUCCCUCCGCCUGGAUCACGGACACGGUCCCCCGCAGAUGUCCUUACAUACCCCAGAUGGGAGACGAGUUAUACUACUUCAGACAGGGCCACGAGGCCUACGUGGAGAUGGCCAGACAAAAAAAGAUUUACAGCAUCAACCCUAAGAAGCAGCCCUGGCAAAAGAUGGAGCUACGGGAGCAGGAGUUGGUGAAGAUAGUGGGCAUUAAGUAUGAGGUGGGUCUGCCCACUCUGUGCUGUCUGAAGCUUUCCUUCCUGGACCCCGACAGCGGCAGACUGACCGGAGGAUCCUUCUCUAUGAAAUACCACGACAUGCCUGAUGUCAUCGACUUCCUGAUUCUGCGACAACAGUUUGACAACGCCAGAAAGAGGCAGUGGAGUAUAGGGGACAGGUUUAGGUCGGUCAUUGACGAUGCCUGGUGGUUUGGGACCAUUGAGAGCCAGGAGCCCUUCCAGCCUCAGUAUCCUGACAGCCUGUUUCAGUGCUACAACGUCUGCUGGGAUAAUGGAGACACAGAGAAGAUGAGUCCGUGGGACAUGGAGCCCAUCCCUGAUGAUGCCACGUUCCCUGAAGAAUUGGGCAUGAGCGUCCCGCUGGUGGAACAGGAGCAGAAGGAGCUGCUGUACGUCCCUCUGGAGGGGGAGUGGGGCUGCCACACGCGCGCAGAGGAGUGUGAACGCAUCAUCAAAGCCAUCGACCAGCUCUGCACACUCGAUGUGGCAGCACCAUUCGCCUUCCCCGUGGACCUCCAAGCUUACCCCACCUACUGCACGGUGGUGUCUUACGUCACUGAUCUCAGCACCAUGAGAGAGAGGCUGAUGAACCGCUUCUACAGACGCCUGUCCUCCCUGAUGUGGGAGGUGCGUUACAUCGAACACAACGCUCAAGCAUUCAACGAGCCCGGAGCGUUCAUCGUCACCACCGCCAAGUUUGUCUCUGACCUCAUCCUGCAUUUCAUUAAGGACCAAAGCAUGACAGACAUCAUGCCCCAUUAUAAAACUAUGAAGAAGGCCACCUUCUCUGACUCCGAGGACGAGGAUGAUGAGGAGGAGGAUGAAGAUACCAAUACUCCUGGAACAUCCACGAGAAACCAUAAGGGUCGUCGACCCACGCAGCGGCAACUGCGAACGCGCCCCCCUUCAUACGACCCUCAUGCGUGGAAGGGCCGCUGUAAGGAGCUGCUGGAUCUCAUCUUUCAGUGUGAAGACUCGGAGCCCUUCAGAGAACCUGUGGACCUACAGGAAUACCCCGACUACCUUCAAAUCGUUGACUCGCCAAUAGACUUCAGCACCGUCCUCAAAACGCUCAAAGAAGGAAAGUACCAAUCUCCCAUUAAGCUCUGCAAAGACGUCCGGCUCAUUUUCAGCAACUCCAAAGCUUACACACCCAGUAAGAAGUCCCGGAUCUACAGCAUGAGUCUGAGGCUCUCGGCUCUGUUUGAGGAGCACGUCAGCUCCAUCCUGGCCGACUACAAGGCCAUCCAUGGUCUGACAGAUAAAAUGACCAGGCAGAGCACCGACAGACAGACGAGACACACCACGGACAGACAGACACGGCAUGCAAUGAAGCGCAGGAGGAGGAGGAGUGAAUCUCCAGCAAGCAGCACGGCAUCCAGUCCGGAGAGGAAGAGACGUGUAUCAUCCAGGGUGACUGCGAGAAGGGAGCCGUCGCCGCCCCCUUCACGGCCCCCCUCUCUGAGACAGAUCGUCCCCGCCAAACAGCCCCCUCAGCUGGUCAACGGGAAGGCAGACAGUCCAGCAGCUGGACGAACACGGAGUGCGGCACGCCAUUCUACACACUCUCCACCCUCCUCAUCUUCAUCACAUAACGCCACUAGCAGCACUCCGAGCGCAGCAGAGUCUACUCGCUCCUUGAGGGCUCACACCUCUGUGUCAGCAACGCCACCGGCUCCUGAGAAGCCCUCUCCGGCAGCGGAGGAUAGCAGAGGAGGAAGCACCCGGAGGAAACUCAGGACUCCUGUACGACUUGCAGCUGGCUCUCCUGCUGGCCCUCCAACCCAGAGCACAGUCCACCUGAAUGGCCACGGUAGUCAUGUGACCCUGGGAGUGGGGAGGCGGGGGCGUAGAUCCAGAGUGGAGCCACCAGUGAGUCCUCCAGAAGUCACGACUCCAGAGAGCCCUUCCAGACCCCGGGGCCGCCCUCCCGGCAAGAAGAAAGGCAGGAAGAGCAAGCAGGACCCGGAGGAGGGGGGGAGGAGAAAGAACCGCAGAAGCUCCACCCCUGAUGAUGAUCCUGAUCAAUCAACGGGGGACGAAGGCGGGGCGUCUUCAGCGCAGGAAACAUCCGUGCUGUCGGACUCUGGCAUGCCGUCAACGCCUAGGCGGCGCGGUCGGCCCAGAGCGGUAAGAACUGAUGAAGCCCCGCCCCCUGAGGAGAGGACUGGGUCCCCUGAGCCCUCUAUGCUGAGGAGGAGCAGCAGGAGAGCCAACGAGGAGGUCACUCCUCCUUCGCAGGCGGCCACUCAGCGACCCAAUCGGAGAGAGUCUUCACAGGGAGAGGGAGAGGGAGAGGAAGAGGAAGAGGAAGAGGAAGGGGAAGAGGAAGAGGAAGGGGAAGAGGAAGGGGAAGAGGAAGGGGAAGAGGAAGGGGAAGGGGAAGCGGACAAGGCGGGGGGGUCCAUGCGCACACGUAACCAGGGGCGACGGUCCGCCUGGUACGUGGAGGAGGACUCUGAGGAGGAGCAGAGGCAGCUGCUGUUUGAGGACUCGUCAAUCACAUUUGGCACAUCCUCAAAGGGGCGUGUCCGAAAGCUGACGGAGAAGGCCAAAGCCAAUCUCAUUGGCUGGUAACAGAGCAGAUACACAGGAAGUCAGGAGGAGGAAUCUGCAGUAGAUUUCUCGCAUCAGAGGAGGCUGAGUAGACGGAGUCAUGAUUGAGAAAUGCAUCCGUGUGUGUGCGUCUGGGGAGCUGCUCGUCCAGCUGCUGCUAUUCAUAACCGUGGCGAUGAAGACACACAACAGCGCACUUAUCUGUCCACUCCUCCUAGCUCUGGGCCCAGUGAGCACAUCGCUCCACUGAAACGAUGGCUUUCUGACAACGCAUGUUCAUCCUGUUCCAACUCGUCCUGCAUUAUUGGUCCAUGUUGGAUCCCACAGGAGCCCACUGACUCCCCUGCUGGUGGUCUCGUUCCUGUCCAGUGAACCACUCUUCACCUCCGUCUGCCCUUAAACACUGUUGGUGUCAGACCGGUCUAAACAGUAGUGGAACGGUUUUAGUACUUGAAAAAUAAUCAUGAGGAGAGCUGGAUGUAUCUUACUAUUUCCUGAGUUUCUCUGGUGGGAAGGUCAUAUGCCAAGCAAGAUGAAAUUGUUGGUGACGGAUUACAGACAGCUGGCCCGACAAUGUCUUUUCCCCACCCCCCCCCCCUUUCUUCUUUGUUCUCGCUUUUUCUUUUAUACGACCCUGCCCCUUUCUGCUUUUUCUAAGAUUUGUACGUGAUGAUCGGCUCUCUGUUUCGGAAGUCUUACACACCGGUGAGCGUGUCCGUCUGCGCUAAAAUACCAAAUGGUGUACCUCUGUUGGUACUGUAGAUCUGUAGGUUUUGUUUACUGGUCAUGUGUGUGCCUGUGUGUGUGGGGUGUUCAUUUUUUGCAUGUUAUUUAGAAAGAAAAAGCAUCUCUUUUUUUCUCUCCUAAAAGCAGUUUUUACUGCGAGGAGGAGAAAAGGGAUGGAAGGGGUCAUUUAUACGUCUCGUUAGAUCAUGUUUUAAAGAGUCCUCAACAUUAGCAAUACCUUGUGCCUUUAUGUCUUUGGUGUGUAUGUGUGCGUGCGUGUGCAUGUGUGUAUAUGCGUGCUUGGCCUCUGCCCUGCAAAGUACAUGUGCCUGUAUGUGUACGAACAAGUUGUGACUAUGCGUGUUUGUGAAAUCGGAGUGUGCGUGUUUUUAUGACACAACUGAGCGCGUCAUUCACUUUCAGCAUACAGUUUGAUCGUUGUGAAACCUCUCAAAGAAAUGUAUUUAUAGCAGUUAAAAAAAGACUUUACUGUUGUUGUAAAACCAUUAUCCAUGUCAAUAUAUUAUCCUAUAACCAACACGUUUAUACCGAAGGUACGGCCAGGGGGGGGGGCUUUUGGGGGGACUUUGAGAUACACUUACCACAGAGCGGUUAUCAAUGCAGUCGGCGGGAGGGAGUGACCCUGUGUAUUUAAAAAUAUUUACAUAUGGAACUUUUUAAAUGUUGAUAUGUUUUAAUGGUGACCACACACAUGCGCACACACAUCCACACACAAUUCUGUCUCGCAUGUUCUAGCACUUUGUCAGGCCUGGAGCAAACAGGAUUGAGCCAGGUCAAACUGGAUCGGAAAGCCGAGAGCAAGUCGUAUUUUCAUCUUUCUGAUUGUGUGCCUUCGCUACUCUGGCAUAUUUAAUACUCGGUUUCUGCUUUCGGGCCUUUUUUCUGUCUUUUCUUUUGACUUGCUGAUUCUGCUCGACUUCCUUCACCUGACAGGCGUGUAUAACGAAAGAGAAAAGACUGGAGACAAACAUAUUGGGUCGCUCGAUGGACUGAAUUUGUGAAGAUGGCGGCAUACGCAGUACAGAAAGCUCAAAUCAGCCACUGGUGUUGUUGGUUUGGGGAGAACUGGACCGUACCAUCUAUAUACCCCUGGUUCAUUUCAUUACUCUUUUUGUCACAUAAUAUUGAACGUAUAUCUCAUCUGUUUAUCGUUGUUUUGUUGUUAUGGAUGCCAAAUUCUGUGUUUUUGGGCACUGAAGUUUUAGUACAUGGCUUUUGAAUGUGUUUUAUUUUCUGUCUUUUACAUAUAGUGUGUUUUCUGUCGGUCAGGACCACCAUUCAGUGGCUAAAUCUGUCGAGUUAGAAUGGUUACUGUCAAUUAUACAAUUAACCAUUUUUCACUCAGUCUGGCUUAUAUUUACUUCACAAAAGAUUUGUUUAUAUUGUGUAUAUGAAGAGUUUUAUUCCAGAUGGAGAAGCCUAAAACAUCUUUCUUAACAAACGAUUAUUGGCAUGGUAUAAAUACUAUUGUUGGGGGUGUGCAUUUAAGAUAGAAAGUUAAUGAUCUAUACCCAGGAAAAUAUAUAUUUUGUGGGAAAAGAAACUCUUUGUGGGCACAUAAAGGUUUUGGAUCUCAAUAUCAAUAUAAUCAUAUUUACAUAUAUGCACAGAUUAUUAUUAGCAGAUUGUGGAAACAAGAUUUUAGACCCAGGCUUCUCAAACGUUAGGGAUGAGCUCAAACAUACACAAGCCAACUUAAAAAAACUCAUGAAUUCAAGUUGUUUGCCGUAUUUUACUUAGAUGUUCACAUUUUGAAACCAGAACAAUUGAUUAGCUUAUCUUGCCCGUACAUAGCAGCCCAGUUAAAGGAGUACUUCACCCCCAAGAUCACUUUUUGUAUAUCAGACUCUCACCCUGGGUUACCUUGAAUUCUUGUUGAAAAAUGGUUUUCCUUGCAUGCCUCCAUGGUGAACAAAAAAAUCUAAUAUGGAGAAAUGUCUCGAUUUCUCUGAAGUAAAUUGAAGCCGGCUUUAACAAAAUGAAAUGACAUUAAAACAUCAGCCUACAAACUCUUCUCGCAACUUGUGCAGUAUAAAACAAGUCUCAUCCAUCCAGUCUUAUGCUCACUACUACCCAAACACACAUAACUGCUAAACUGUUAUAUUUAAUGCACUUCUGCCAAACAGCCUCACUUUUGUUGUUGUUAAACGAUUUGCUUUAAAGGGGCCCUAGUUUCUUUUGGUGGUUUUCCUUUCCUGUAGUGUGUAAUAUCAUUUUUGGUGACUCCAUUGGACUCCUUUGUUUACUUUUGUAACAUAGUGACAUCACUGUGUUACACUAGCGCUUCUAUUUGCUGGUUUGCCAACACAUUGUACGUGAUUGUAUAAGGGGCGGACAUCUAUAAAUGGUUCACCAAUCACAACCGCUAACCAAUCAGAGCAGACUGUGCUCUGGUUUCAGGUGAUAAGAGGUGCAGCACUGACAGAAUGAGAAAAUGAAGGAGCUUUUUGAACAUUAAAGCAUGGAAACAUGUCACAGUAGAGGCACAACAUACAAACAUGAACCUGUAAGUGAGCAUAAUAGGGCCCCUUUAACUCAUCAGGACUUUUCUCCAUUCUUUGAUUAUUUUCUUUCACCGUGGAGUCAUGCAUGAAAAAAGUUUUCGUUGAUAAUUCUAGCUAACACAGGGUUAAUAUUUCAUUAAUAAAUGGUCAUUUUGUGGUUGAAGUUUUUAAUAAGAUGAUGCAUGGAGAUGUUUUGUUUCCCAUUAAAGUUAUUUUGCUAUCGCCUCAUUAUCAUCAGAUCAUGCACAUUACCUGUAUUUAUGGAAUUUGUCAAAGUUAAAGCGUUGAUUCAUUACUGCUGGUUACCUUACCCUUGUUAGUAAUAAUGUACAUCCUCUAAUAAUGUCAUAAAUGCCUUAAAAGCAAGUCACUGGUUUGUAAGCAUCAGUUGGUGUAUUCCCACUUGGAUAUAACCGAAAUACUACUUUUUGGAGACAUUUUAAAUCAAUGAUUCAGCAGUUUUAUCAGCCCUUUUACUCUACCUGUACUGGAUUUUGAGGCUCAUGUACACACAUUAACCGUGGGGCUGUGCUAUAAUGAGGGACAAAGUUGUUCUGUUUGUGGCUUCUGAUUGGAUAAUAGUUUGGUCAGAGGUCAAAGGUCACAGAGGGUGUGUGAAGUGGCUGCAUGUGAGCCAUGAUGAGAAAGCUUUUUGGGAUGUUUUAUUACGUUUUUAUGGGGAUGUGGGACAGGAAGGGGGAAAAGGGGGCGUCAGUUUCACGUGAACGGGUCAAAGAGGAUGUCUUUGUUAGUUUGUAUACUUUUAUAUAUAAAAGGAUUUAAUGCAAAAAAAAUAAGCAUUUAAAGCUAGAAUGUAUGUGUAGGGAAGUACUGCUGUCCUGUUAGUUCAUACCAAUAUUUUAAGUAAAUAAACAGUAGUGUUUCCAUAUACAUUUUU